CUCUGCCAGAGUCAAUGAUGGUGAAGAAGUGGAGCAUGGAGCACUUUCAGACUAUGGAAAUGGCGCUUUGCGUUGUGGAAGCCUGAAGUAAGAGGGACCUUUCCUGCUUGUCAAUCAGUUGAAUCUACCAGAUUGCUCUCCGUAUGAGUAGCGCUUUGAAAAGGAGCGGAUUAUGACAGAGGAAGGAAGGAAUCGGGAGAUUCGUCAAGGGAACCAUAACAGUCGUGGCUCUGAUAAAGCCGUCAACAUCCUCGGACAGUAAACAAUGCAUGACCUGACUGCCCAAGUCACCAGCAGCCUGCUGCCUUUCUCCGGAGUGACUAUAGAUGCUCUGGGGGAGGAUGAGAUCACCCUAGACUCCGUUCUUCAUGGGAGGUUCACUGUUGGUCGCAGUGGGUUGGCCUGGCUUGCCUGUGGACCCCAUCUGGAGGUUGUCCAUGCGGUGACAGGUGAACGACUGUCUGCGUACUGCUUCAGUGGCGGAGGGGAGCAUCCACCCAGUGUUCUUGCUGCCAGGGACUUCAGCUGGCUAAAACGGUCUGGAUUGCUGAUUGGCUUAGAGGAAGCAGAAGGUAGCGUUCUGUGUCUUUAUGACCUGGGAUUGUCGAGGGUGGUCAAAGCUGUGGUUAUACCAGGCAGGAUUACAGCUAUUGAGCCAUUAGUGAGUUAUGGUGGAGCCAGCACUUCAACUCAACACCUCCACCAGAGUUUGCGGUGGUUUUUUGGCAUUGCUGUCGUAGUCACAGAUCUUGGUCACGUUCUGCUUGUGGACCUCUGUCUCGAUGAUCUGUCCUGCAGUCAAAGUGAACUCGAGGCUUCAGACCUGCAGGUAGUCACCAAAUCUCCAGCAGAAAUUCCCAGGCUUAGAGAGGUCAGCACCAGACAGGGCAGACAUCUUUGUCUCCAGCUGAAUGGACCCACUGGAGUUGGAGCCACAGCUCUGCAGUACAUCUCCAGGACCAACCAGCUGGCAGUGGGAUUUUCUGAUGGAUACUUACAGCUGUGGAACAUGAAGUCUCUGAAGAAGGAAUACCACUCACAGUUAGAGGGAGGCAGGGUGCCUGUGCAUGCCUUCACCUUCCAGGAGCCAGAAAAUGAUCCCAGGAACUGCUGCUACCUCUGGGCUGUCCAGUCCUCUCAGGACCUUGAGGGAGAUACAGUCAGCCUCCACCUGCUUCAGCUGGCCUUCAGUGAAAGAAAGUGUUUAGCUUCUGGGAAGAUCCUCUAUGAGGGUCUGGAGUAUUGUGAAGAACGUUACAGUCAGGAUUUAUGUGGCACAGCUUUCCCUCUCAGGGCCCAGACCACAAAUACCCGCCUGCUGAGUUGCCAGACUAUCGAGAAAUUCAGACACCAUCCUGACCGGGAUGACAGCAUGAAUGAAGUUGCAUCUCCAGACACCAGCCUAUCUAUCUUCAGCUGGCAAGUCAAGGCGUACGGUCAGGGAACUCCGUCUACCUACGUUGGAGUCUUUGACAUCAACCGUUGGUACCACGCACAAAUGCCAGACUCAUUACGAACGGGAGAGUCUUUGCAGAAUUGUCCUUACUUGGCAGCUUGGUCUCUGGACUCAGUGGUGCAGAUGGUUUCUCCCCAUGUCCUCCUCGAUGUGGUGGUACAUGAACGCAGCCUGAGCAGGGGCAUGCCCUUCACCUGCCCCCCACCAGAACAAUACUUCAACCCCACCACAUAUAACUUUGAUGCUACCUGCUUGCUCAACUCUGGAAUUGUGCACUUAACCUGCUCUGGUUAUCAGAAAGAGACUCUGAGUUUUUUGAAGAAAGCCGCUCCUUGUUCCAGUGAUGUCAUCUCCACUAGCUACUCUCACUGCCUUAUGUCCGGCCUCCUCUCAUCUCGUCUGUCUGACACCCAGGCAUCCAGCCUCACUCAGGAGGAGCAGCUUGAUGCCAUCUUGUCAACAGCGUUGGAGACCAGUUCUUUGGGAUUAAUCACUGGCUGUAUCAAGCAGUGGACAGCAGAAGAACAACCAGGAUCUGCACUGAACCUGCGCUACAUACUGGACUGGGCGUGGAACAAAGUAGUCCAGACCAAGGAGGAACUGGAUGGCAUCUGUGCACCGCUGUUUGACAGCUCCUCCAACUUCACUGACCCUCAGACCAUGCAGCUGCUACAGCACAGUCAGAGGCUGCUCAGUAACCUCAGUGCCAUCUUCCACUGUCUGCUCAGUGAAGCCCAGGAGCUCACACAGAAAGGUCUUGUAGGUCUGAUGAACAAGAACGUGGUGUCCAGUCUGAUCUCCAAGUAUGCUCAGGUGGUCCUGUGGUUCUGUCGCACCGGUCUCCUCCCUGAGGGAUCAGAUGAAGAUGCUCUCCAGAUUCCCAGGCCUUUCUACACUCACUCAGUCAUCAGCAACUAUUACACAAUACGCAGAGAGGAGCUGACCAGGCUGGCCAAGGGCAAGUGGUGUGCAGACUGCCUGAUGAUUGACGGUUUAGUUGACCAGUGUGGUGAACGUUUGAUCAACCUGUGGAAAAGAGAUGAAGGCGGAACAGGGCAGUACCCACCACCUACACUGCAUGCUUUGCUUGACAUAUAUCUACUGGACAACAUUGACGAAGCUGCCAAACAUGCAAUUGUGAUUUACCUGUUGCUGGAUGUCAUGUACUCCUUCCCCAAUAAAGAUGGAACAUCAGUGGAGUCUUUCCCCACAGCUUUUGCGAUCCCUAUCGGACUGGUCAAACUCGUACAAGGCCUCUGGCUACUUGACCAUCAUGACCAUCAGAGUUCAUUUGAGCUGCUCUUGCAUCCAGCUGCUUCUCAGUGUCACUUUGAGUGGCAGCAUGAGCGUGUCCUGCAAGCUCUGAUGUGUCAGGGCCAACAGUCAGUGGCACUACGAUACUUCCAUGUUACAAAGCCCCCGAUUUCUUCUACGGCCCAGGCCAAACUUUGCCUGUCUGUACUGCUCCACAACAGGUGUCUCGUAGAGGCAUGGUGCUUAUUACGACAGCACUCUAAUCGCCUGAACAUGAGUGAGCUACUGGGCUUCAUGUAUGAGAGUUGCCAGGAGCUGGGCCUAAUCAAGGAGCUGCUCAAACUGCCCCUGGGCCUCAAUGAACAGGAAUCUUUGGAGAAGUUUCUUCAGGGCACUGGGGGUCUCCAGAACAGAGAACUACUAAUGGUUCAUUACCUUCAGCAGGCAAACUACAUUCCUGCCCUGCAGCUCAACCACAGCCUCAAAAUGAACUUGGUGAAUGAGCGAGACCCAAAGCUUAAAGAACGAGCCAACACCAGGAAUUCUAUACUGGAUCAGUAUGGCAAAGUUUUGCCCAGAGUUCAGAGGAAACUGGCGAUGGAGAGAGCAAAACCCUACCAGCAUUCCCACACAAUCCACAGAGAAGUUUCUCGGCCACAGCCACUGUCGACCAUCACCAAGCGUUCUGCCAAUGAGAAGGUGAUGUCCAGGGCUGGAUUUUUCAACAGUGUCUUGACCAAGAUUGAGGAGGUGUGGUUAGGCAAGGGAGGUACACCCCAAUCCUCCCCAUCCAAGAGUCCCAGGACAGCUGAUGCUCAGGGUCUCACCCCUAAGCCUUCCUCUCUGGCCCUUCCAGAACCCUUCCUUGGAACUCCUAUCAGCUUGACCUCCAAACGAAAGUCAAGGCUCAUGGACUUGGUGGUUCAUCCCUCCUGUCACACCCCUCAGCCUCUUCUCAGCCCUCCCAGACCUCCCAGCUCCUGGGUUUCUCCAAAGAGCAUCAGCAAAGCGCCUGAACUCAGUUUGCUGCAAACACCGCAGGUUGUCAAGAGAGCUAGGGCUUUGGCUGCCUCUGGCCCUGUGUUCUCAGCCUUCACUCCUCAGUCUAUCCUGCGCAGCAGCCUGAGGCCAACACCCGUUGCCACGCCUUCAGCUUCUCCGGGACGCUCCAUCACCCCUCCACUCCGCAGCAAAGAGAGCCGCAUCACCUUCAUUGAGGAGGCUGAAUCCCCUGAAACGGAGAAGGGCAUCCGAUGGACUAAUGGGAUGGCAGCAGACAGUGAGAUUAGCCUGCUGACCAGAGGAAGCCUACUAUCCAAGGCUGCACGUAAAUCAUGGUCCUCACAGCCCGCUGAAGAAGAGGAAGAAGAUGGUGAUGAGGAAGGAGAACAACCUCAUGUAAAGUUCUUACCUCCAGAAGGUGGUGUUCCCUCACCACAGCUGAGGAGCUCUGAGAGCGAAUCCUCUUCCAUCCAUGAAGUCACUGUAGAAACGAAACCAUCAGAUGCAAUGCAAGCACAACUUAGUGUGAGCUUUGAUGCCAGUCAGGCAUCUCUCCGGUCAACAGACACCACUCUAGAAUACUACGAUGCCCCUCUCUCAGAAGACCCACAAGGGGAGGAUGGAGCUACAGAGAAGGAUGAUGAGGUCGUAACACUAAAGACUGAAGUUCCAACUGAAAAGGAAGAACCAGAGGAAAAGCCCUCGUUAACCACUGAGCAAACCGUCCACAUCACACCUGAGGAAGCUGAGAAGGAAGAAGAAGAGGUGGAGGAUGAGGAAACAUUUGAGGAUGUAAUGGAAACUGGUCUUGAACAGACAGCUAAAAAUGAGGAAGAUGAAGUCCAGUCUCAGAAGGAGGAUGAAGAGGACGUUGAGUCAAAUAACAAACCAGAUGAUGUUGCAGCUCUUGACCAAGAGGAGAUAUCUAUUCAUGAGAUGGUUGCUCACCAGGUAACAGAGAGCUCCGACUGUGGCGCUGAAGUCGAAUCCCAGGAUCUUCAAGUGAAAGCUGAAGGACAGGAUGUCCAAACAGAGACCAAUGAAAUCCCAGAGUUGGUUGAGCAACCUGAACCAUCUGAAGCAACUGAAACUGCAAAUGAACCAGCAGAAGAUCUGACAGAGUUCGUACAGCGACACCUGUUUGGUACCGAUUCGUCUCCUCCGCUGACCCGCACUUCAAUCCACAAUGCAUCACAGAUCCAGACUUCCCUCAACAGUGAGUCAUUAGAUGAGGAUGAAGAGAAGGAGCCAGCUGCUGCUGAAGCUCCCCCGGUGCUCACCACCCAAAAAUCCACUGCUUCUGUGACGUCCUCCGAGCCAACUGGCACCGACUCCCGCUCUGUCGUGAGUGUCAAUGAUAGUGAAGACCUUUCCAGCUCUGCAUCUGAGGAAGAGGAAGAAGAAGAUGAGGAGGAGGAGGAGGAGGAGGAGGAGGAGGAGGAGGAGGAGGAGGAGGAGGAAGAGGACUCUGGUAGUGAAGUGGAGAUCAUUGAGGAGGUCCAGGGUAAUGGGAGGCUGCCACCCCUCCAGCCCAGUACAAUUUUCGUACAGGAGGAACAUACACACUUCCUGCCACCACUGUCAGAGCAGGAAGCUGCUGAGUUCUCUCUGAUCGCACCCGGUACAGAGAUGAAGAUGGUGGAAGAGGACAUGGAGGGUGAGGUGGUGAUGGUGAGACUCGGGGCAGAUGGUGGAGGGAUGGAUCCAGAUGAAGUCGUACAGCAAGGGUCAUCAUACAUGGAGCUCAAACCUUCUACCACUCUCCUGGUACCCUUGGAACUUGUUGAGGGACAACACAGUCUGGCCGAUGGCGCUGAGCUGGGUCUCCCUGAUCUUCAGCAAACCGUUGAGACAGAAGAACCACAAUCUGAACCUCACUUCUCUCUGAUGCUACAUAUCGAUGAGGACGUGGAUAGAGACGUAGACACGCCAACUGUAGAGAAUGAUCUGCAGUCCUCUGACCCUUCUGCUCACUCUCCUGUGGCGGACGCUGGUGACGACUUUUUGGCUAAACCUGAGAUUCUUCUUUUGGCCACAGCUGACCAAGAUGAUCUCCAGUCUGGAGAAGCUCUACAAGAGGACAACGGGAAAGAGAUGGACACCUUAGAUGGAAAUGAUGUCGAUGGACCGAUGGAGUCCGAACUCAUAAAACUUGAAACUGAACUACAGACUGAAUACAUUGCAACAGAGCAGGAGAGAGAUGAUGCAGAGUUAGUGCUGUUAGCUGGCGAUCAUGAGUCCUCUGCUCAUUCAGUCUCUGAAAUGACUCCAGUAGGAGAACUCCCAGCGGCCGUGGAUGAAAAAGACUCUGUGGCAAAAACUCAACCUGCUGAUCAGGAGAUGAUGGAGGAGGACAAACUAUCACCUGCUGAGGAGCUGCAGGAGCCGGAAGAGCUGCAGGAGCUCCAGGAAUCACAGGAGCCGGAGGAGUCGAAAGAGCCGGAAAAGGAGCUGGAGGAGAAUGGCCUUGUUAAUAUAGACACAGAGGUUGCCCCCAGUGCAGAGCCAGAGCCUGCUGUGGGGGAGCUGCUAGAAGCAGAAGAGGCUGAAAAGGAAGAGAACAGUGUAGAAAUUAAGACUGAGGAGCAAUCGCAAAAGAGAGUAAGGGGAAGACCGAGGAAAUAUAGAAGAGGUUACAACACCCCCGUGAAGCAGGUUUUGAGCUCAAAUAGUCAGCCAGAAGAACAGCCUGUACCAGAGACUCCCUCUUCUCAAAAGAAGAAGGUUCCUUCAACCCCAACACAGAGGACAACAAGAGGGAGGAGGACAGUUACGUUUGUCUCCCCCCUACCAGAAGAAGCAGAGGAGCCAGAGCAGGAUGGAGAUGUAGAGGAAACAAGCACUCUGGUCCCUGCCUCUCCCAGUCGUACACUGAGAAAAGGUAAACGGGUCAAGGAAACCAAAGUCCAAGCCAGCACACCUCGAAGAAGUACCCGCAAUGCUCUGCCAGACCCUCCUAAAGAUGAGACUGAAGAGAUGGAGGCCAUGGAUAAUGAUACCUCAGUUGCAUCAACUUCCAAGGCUUCUUCUCCAGCCGGACACCCCCUUAAGGGAAGAGCAACAAGGACCAGCCAAAGGGCCCAAAGUGGCACUGAGGAGGUGUCUGCAGCUCCAGAGAAUGAAAUAAAAGAGAAGGACCAAGAGGAGGAGAUCUCUGACAAAAAAGUCAGUCAACGAACAGGCUCCAAGACUCCCACCCCGGCCAGACGCAGGACCACUCAGGUAAACACUCCUAGGAGGUCCAGCCGAAGGAUACUGAAUAGCAGUGAGGUGGUGGCAACACCGCUUGAGACCGUGACAGAAGAACAAGAUGAGGUCUUUGCCUCCCCUGUGAAACGCAGCACCAGAAAGACAAAGAUAGAACCAUCAGAAACUCUGCCUGCUCAGCUGAAGGAGGAGAAGCGACUUUCCAGCCCUGGUAGAACAUCUCGACUGUCCAACCGGAUUAACCUAAAUCUAUACCCACAAGUGAAACUGGUUCCUGUAUCCCUUCCUCAGAGUGUAAGGAAGAAGAGAGGAGAGACAAUUACCGAGGACAUAAAAGAAAGUGAAGAUCAGCUCGAGCCUGAACUUAGCAGAAAUACUAGUCGAACCAACUCCCGUCGCCCAACUAGAAGCAAACUUUGGGAUCACCCCGAGGAAGAUCUUCCUCUGUUGGACUCACCGUUGGAGGUCGAUUCUGAAACCCCCGUGGCAGACGCCCUCAUCAAGAGACUUCAGGACGAGGAACAGAAGCUGAAGGGUGGUGCAACCGUUACAAAGACGUUGAGAACCAGCAAGAGGAGUAGCAAGUCCUCAGUGGAGGAGGCUCAAUCUCUGCCUCCUGUCAAAGACCUGGCCCCUGAACCUGAAGACGAUGAGUCUAGUCCAGGCGAGCAUUCAUUCAUCUACUCCCCCUCACGUAGAAGGACAAGAGCCCGUAAAACAGAGUCUCUUGGCCCAGGUGAAGAGUCUGCAGCACCUGUCACUCGCAGCAGAAGAAGAGUCCAAGAUGUUGCUCCUCCGGAUGAGGUUGCCUCCGAACCUGUGCAAGUGGAGAAAGCAGCUGGUGUUCCUAAAACCAGAACAGGCCAACGAACAGCCAAAUCCAAAUCUGUUUCGGAGCCACCUCCCAUAGCAGAGGUAGACCUGCUCUCACCCCUGCCCAGUCCAGCUGAUCCGUUGCCCCGAGCACAGAGGAGGACUAAGGACGGAGAGGUCCCGACCACCAGCAUGAACCUUCGCCGCAAACGUGUUAUGGACACGGUUUUCACAAAACCCGUCACCCGGCGGAAGAGACUGUAAGGAGGUUGGUGGUGGUUUUAACCAGUGAACCUCAGACAGCCACCUGAAGAUCUGAACCAACUCAGUCAUGAGCUGUCAAAUUAAAACGUAUGCCUAAUCUCAUGAUGGUUCUGUUUCCUCAAAUGCCUCAGAGCGCUGCAGCUUGUAUAUUGACUUCCCUGCAGGAUAAUGAAAGCAGCGUAGGCAGCAAAGUAUAUUUUUGGGGCACACUGGUGGAUAGCAGUGUGAGAAAGAGGACUAUAUUUUUGGAGUUUACAUAUCCCUCUCAUACUGAUUUGAUUUCACUUGGUAUUGUAUUUGUGGCCAUUUUGUGUUGGACAUUUUGCGACGUUCCCCGGCUUGAUUCUAAGGGCACAGAAUGGCACAAAGGAAAUCAAUCAAAGUGAGGUUUUUAGAAGUUCCCGUUAAUAAAACUAGACAGACUAAACUGAACUUGCCCCUGAUCAAGAGGUUUUAUUUACUUUUUCCUUAUAUUUUAAAUUUUUUUGUGGUGUUUACUUUUAAAAAUUCAAGGCCUGCUGUUUUUUCUAUUUAAGAAGAAAAGCAAACCAACCCAGUGGAAAUAUAUUUCUACUGCUAAAUCUGUAUAUAGACUUUUGCUAUGUUCCAAAUAAAGUUCAUAAAUAAAUCCUAAAGAAUAAUGUUCAUUUUGACUUUUUAAGUGUCUCUCGAAUACAUUUGAUCUGACUGCCUAUGCCAUAGUCUUAAAAUUACACUUGACUUGGGGGGGGGGGUUCUGUGAAAGACAACACUGUUAGCAGAUUUGGACUGUUGCUGUCUGCCAUGAAAAUGUUGUAUAUUGUGAAAGAAAAAAACUUGCAGCGGUUUGCAGAUGUUAAACUUGAUGUGGGACAUGUUAAUAUACUUGUUUAAUUAAAUUUAUGGCAACCACCAUCUGAAACAAAGGUUAUUUUCUGAUGAAUGUAUGUAGAAUGUCUUAUUUUUGAUGACUGCUCUUUGAUAAAUAUGGCAAAGCUCGAAUA